UUUUUUAAAAACAGCUGUAUGCUACACUGUAGGCAGUUAAUGGAGGAAUUAUGUGAAUUUCUGUAUCGCUCGCCUACACCAUCAAAAAAUUGGAGAGAUGAAUCAAUACUACAAUCGUUGCCCGAGUGUGCCAUUAAAAGCCUAACCGAUGUUAAUUCUUGGAAAUCUUUUUAUAAGUCGGAUGACAUCACAUCAGCUAUUUCUAUUGUUCAAGGCAUCAGUUACGGACAAAAACUGGAUCUCUUUGGUUCAGUCCAAGCGACUGCUCUUAGCUCGGGGUAUUGCCUUGGGAGCUGCAACUGGCUAAUGGAGACUAAAUAUUCAAAAAUUGGUUAUGUGUCUUCUUCCUCCACAUUCACAACUCAUCCCUGUCCAAUGGAGAGACAGUCCCUCUUAUCCUGUGAUGCUCUCAUUCUCUCAUCUCUUACCAACGCUCCGUCAGCUAACCCUGACACAAUGCUAGGAGAGCUAUGCACUAAAAUGGCAACAACACUGAGGGGAGGUGGGAACGUUCUUAUACCAUGCUAUCCUACGGGUGUGGUUUAUGAUUUAUUGGAGUGUCUCCAUACGUUUCUCGAUAAUGCUGGCCUGGUUGGUGUCCCUGUCUACAUGAUAUCGCCAGUUGCAAAGAACUCGCUGUCACUUGCUAAUAUAUACGCCGAGUGGCUGUGCGAAGCAAAACAGUCAAAAGUUUACCAGCCAGAGCAUCCUUUCCCUCACGCUGAAUUCAUUAAGAGCGGACGUUUAAAGCAUUUUCCAAACAUUUAUGGGGACCUGGGCAAUGUGUACCAGACCCCUUGCGUGGUUUUUGCUGGCCAUCCUUCCCUCAGGUGUGGGGAUGCUGUACAUUUCAUGGAAGUAUGGGGAUCCUCUUCAAAGAACUCAGUUAUAUUUACUGAGCCUGGUUUUGAUUAUCUUCAUGCUUUGACUCCAUACCAACCUCUCAAUAUGAAAGCUUUCUAUUUCCCGAUCGAUCCUUGUAUGAAUUUCUUUGUCGCAAACAAACUUCUCAAGGAGCUACAGCCUCAAGUUCUUAUCACUCCUACUGAUUAUCUUCCCUCGGCAGCUCAGACUCAAAAGGACACGACUUGUCUCCAGCCAGAAAUGCCCUUUUAUGGUGUUAAGAGAGGAUCAGUAGUUAAAGUGGAGCUGGCAUCAAAAUAUAAGAAGAUUGAAAUGACCUCUGAAGUAAGAUUGCUGGGGGCCGAAUACAUGCAUCUACAAUGCAAGUUAUAAAUUUAUUGUCCUAAA